AUGUCUGCGCCCGAGUGGCAAUGGGAUGCCAGUCACCAGGCCUGGUACUACUGGGAUCCCGUCCAAAACCGUUAUGUCUGGCAAACCCAGACCAACAAUGAGGAAGAAAACCAGGACAACAAUGUCGUUUUGACCACUGUCGAGGAAGGAACGCCAGAGCAAGUCACAGAUCCUCGAGCUCUACAGUCAGGAAUCAUAGCUCACAAGAGAGUUGGUGCACGAGCAGGUGACGCUGAGGGGCUUGAUCGACGGUUCGUCAGACACUACCCAGGCAGGGAUUUCUACAAGGUCGGAAGAGUUUUCAAAAUCCUUUGGCCGGAGCCAGCCGGAAAUUGGCAUGAGGGUGUAACUUUCGUGACUGGAGCAUACGGUGAACAGAUUUACAACAAGAUUCGUUGGUUUGUCGUUAUCCGGGAAGGGCAGGAUUGCUGCACUUGCCUACCAAUCCAGACGUACAAUAAGCAAGGGGUAGCAAAGCCAGGAGUCAUCAAGCCGGAACACUCUGUCGCGUACACCAUUGACACCUAUCCAUACGUUCCUGACUGGGAGGACCCUCGCAGGGAAAUGCUAUCGCCAAUUCCCGUCAUUCCCAUCGAUCCAGCACAAAACAAGAUGCAUCCCAUGUCUCGCCUCAAUUACGCGAAAGUAUACACUGUGGAGCAUAACGUCAAAACCCUUGAUUUCGGUUAUGUUCCUCCCGACAUGGUUGCGAAUCUGCAACAGAACUUUCUUACUGUCUUGCAGGGACCACCAUCUCCAUCUUCAAGGAGGACGGCUUCAAGCGGGUCUCACCAGUAG